AUGAGAGACGUCGCCGAAAUCACGCUGUGCCCCGAGGCGCUGGACGGCUGCAAGACCGAGUUCUGCAACCCCGUCUUUGAGGGUGAGGAGACGCCGGCAGCAUCGCCCCACGGGAAGGAGGAUGGGACCAGCCCCACGUCACCUGGGGGUCUGUAUGCACGCCUGCGCCGGCGGCUCUGGGGCCAGGCGGGCUGGCGACACCGGGCUGACUGGAGGUUCACCUGGCUCUGCGUGGCCCUGAUGAGCGCCCUGCUCCUCUUCCUCAUCGCCCUGCUGCUGGGCGUCAUCGUCCAUGAGCUGCAGUCCCCCCAGCCACCCGGCUCCCCGGCAGCAGCCCUGCCCGCCCGCGGCCCUGCCAACGCCACCGCAGCGCCCGCCCGCCCGGCCCCCGACACCGCGGCCACCCCGGCCUGGAGCCAGCCGCCCGUGGCCAGCACGCCGCCGGCACCGCCAGCCUGCGGCGGGACGCUGCGGGGCCCCGAGGGCACCUUCAGCUCGCCCAACUACCCGGCGCCCUACCCGCCCAACGCCCUCUGCGUCUGGCGCAUCGAGGUGGGCCCGGGCCUCGCCAUCCAGCUGAGGAUGGAGGCGUUCAGCGUGGAGGGCACCGCCUCCUGCCUCUUCGACCGCCUGGAGCUCUACGAGGAGCCGCCGGCGGCCGGUGGCACCGGCUCUGCCCCGGCCCGGGGCGGCACGGCCAGGUUUUGUGGCAACGUGGUCCCCCCGACCUUCAACACCGACUCCAACCACCUGCGCGUCACCUUCGUCUCCGACGGCAGCGUGGGCGCCCCGGGCUUCAGCGCCCGCUACCGCGCCGUGGCCCCCGGCGAGAAGAGCUGCGCCUGGGACGAGCACCUCUGCGACCGGGGGCUCUGCCUGCAGCUGGGCUUCGUCUGCGACGGCUUCCACGACUGCGCCGACGGGAGCGACGAGGCCAACUGCAGCCUGAAGCACAAAGAGUGCGGGGGGCCGCUGACUGCCUUGGAGGGGCAUUUCUCCACCCCGAGCCAUCCCCAGCCGUACCCGCACCAGCAGCUCUGUCUGUGGCAGAUCUCGGUGCCCGUGGGCCACGUCAUCGACCUGCGCUUCCACAACUUCAGCCUGGAGCCGCACGACGACUGCAGCUUCGACUUCGUGGAGGUGCACGACAGCGCGGGCACGGGGGCCCCCAGCCUCAUGGGCAGAUUCUGCGGCCACCGGCUGCCGCCCGCCCUGACCUCCUCGCGCCACGUCAUGACCGUCCUCUUCGUGGCGGACGAGGGAGUGGCGGACGCCGGGUUCUUCGCCACCUACCAAGCCCGCAACGCCACGGAGAAGACCUGCAGCCCAGCGGAGUUUUCCUGCGGAAACGGCGAGUGCCGGGCGCUGGAGUCCGUGUGUGACGGCUGGCACGACUGCCCCGACGGCACCGACGAGCUCAACUGCACCGGCGUGUCCUACCCGGCCUUCGGGUCCGUCUGCGAGCCCCUGGAGGUGGAGAUGUGCCUGGGGCUGAGCUACAACACCACCUCCUUCCCCAACAUCUGGCUGGCCAUCCCCGACCAGGCGGGAGCCGCCGAGGUGCUGCAGGACUACCAGACCCUCAUGGAGCUCGCCUGCUACCAGCACCUGCGGCCCCUCAUCUGCAGCCUCUUCGUGCCCAAGUGCACGGCGGACGGCGGCGUGCUGCAGCCCUGCCGCGCCGUGUGCCUGGCCGCCGAGCAGCGCUGCCAGCGGUCCCUCGGCCUCCUCGGCAUCCUCUGGCCCAUCAACUGCAACAUCCUGCCCGACUCCAGCGACCCCGUGGAGUGCUUCCAGCCCUGA